GUGGAGCCUGGACACACAGGGGCUAUGGAGCAGGGGACCGUCUUCCUCGAGGGAUGGGCCGAGGACUCGGCUACUCCCCUGACCAUAAAUGGCUUGGCCAGGGCCCUCUCGGAGCCACCUCUAGCCCUGUCACCCUUGCUCUCCCAGUUGGAUGUCCCUGCAAAUGCAAGACACAAGCCAAGAACUCCAGAGAGAAAGGAGCCUGCAGAGGACAGUGUUUGGAGAAGGUUCUUGGGAGGCUGUCGGAAUGAGUUUUUCACUGAACUUCACGCUGCCGGCCAACACGACUACCUCUCCAGUUGUUACAAGUAGGAAAGAAGUGGACUGUGGGCCCUCUAUUGGAUUAGCGGCCGGCAUCCCGUCUCUGGUGGUCACAGCCCUGCUGGUAGCUUUACUGUUUACUCUGAUUCACCGAAGAAGAAGCAGCAGCAGUGAGUCCACUGAGGAAAGUGAGAGGCCAUAUGAAAUUGAUGAAAUUGAUGAAAAUUCCAAGAUAGCUGAGAAUCCUAGGAGAGCACCCACAGGUGAGAAGAAUGUGGUGGGAGCAGAGGAAGCUCACAUAUACGUGCAGACUGUCUCAGGAAGCGAGGAGAUCAUGCACGACACUUAUCGUCCUACCGUGGAAAUGGAGAGAAGGAGGGGAUUGUGGUGGCUUGUGCCCAGACUGAGCCUGGAAUGACGUCGAUCAUUCCAACUGCCUUCUGGAGUUGGAACAGAGCUGGAGACCCAGGGAUCUGAGCGCGGAGUGAGGAGAGAUGCUAAGCUUCUUAACCAAUCCAAAUGUCAUGAACAAAUCUGGAAAACUUUUGGAUUGACUUGUUUCUUUGAGGACAGCUCUGACAAGGUUCAUUCCAGCUCUCAGAUCUUGUGGUUUAAGAAACAGCAAACAACCACGUGACAUCACUGUGCAUCCAGAAGGAGCCCUUGGGCCCUGUUCCUGACCCCAGUGGAAAUGUGUGUGUGUGUGUGUGUGUGUGUGUGAUUUUAGAAAGGGGGCUUGAUUUCUGAGUGUCUUGCCUUCUUACUUUUUUUUUUUUUUUUUUUUUUUUUUACAUACCAUUUCACAAAAAAUCAUUUUACCUGGCUUUUAUGGGAGGGUUGGCCAAGGCCAG